AUGAUCGGGUUUGCACUCACAUUAACCUAUGGUAGAAAAACAAGAGCCACCAGGACAGGAGAUGAACAAUGUGACCCUGCAGACUGCCUCAGUUGGCUAGAUGAGAGGCCGGACAGCUCAGUUGUGUAUGUCUCAUUUGGAAGCUUGGCGGCUUUACCCACAGAGCAAAUGGAGGAGGUAGCCGAUGCCUUGCGUUCAAGCAAGCGGCCAUUCCUAUGGGUGGUGAAGGCCCCAUAUGCACACCAAAAGGGCGGAAACUCACUACCCGAGGGCUUCAUGGAGGCCACAUCAAAGCAAGGGUUGGUAGUGCCAUGGUGCCCUCAGCUCAAUAUCCUGGCUCAUAGAGCGGUAGGUUGUUUUGUGACUCAUUGCGGGUGGAACUCAAUACUGGAGGCGCUGAGCCAAGGGGUGCCAAUGGUUGCAGUUCCCCAGUGGAGCGACCAGCAGACCAACUCGAAGUUUGUUUCGGAUGUCUGGAAUACGGGUAUGCAUGUCGAGAUUAGCGACAAGGGAUUUGUUCUCAGAGGAGAGCUGGAGAGAUUCAUAAGGGAGGUCAUGGAAGGGAAAAGAGGGGCUCACAUAAGGGAGAAUUCUCAAAGGUGGAGAGACCUGGUUAGGGAGGCUGUUGCAGAGGGAGGCAGUUCUGAUAAUAACAUCAAAGAAUUUGUCACCAAUAUUUCCAUUCAUGAAGGUGAUGCCAACAUGUGA